AUGCAUUUAAGCGCCCAGGUCGACGCCAAUGCGGGCAGGCUGUUGCGACACAGUUGUACAUAUAAAUGGAUUGCCGGCCUCGAAACGGAGGCAGGAUGGUUUUCUUCCAGCGACUUGUGUCGCGCUAUCGCAAAAAUGGCUGCUAGAGAGGGGGAAGAAAUUGUGGCCACUCUGUAUGUCGCCCUUCGUCGCAAACUAGGCCCUCGGUCGCUAACUAGGUCCUCCAGCUUUGCCGACAUUCACUACUUUUACGGUGGCGAGGAGGUGAAGCCGCGACAUCAUCGCUUCGACAAGGGCUCGUAUGUGUAUUUAUUCGAAAAUGCGCACGAGCGCCGCUGUCGCAUCGAGAUUGCGAACAAUGCUGGCACCGAAGACCAAGAUGCCUUUGACGGCUACCAGGCUCAUGUCCGAUACUCGUAUAAUCAGCAUAGCGUGGUGUCGUUGACUGUGGCCCCAAACGUGCCCCAAGACGAAUGGCACCUGCCCACCUACGACCCGCGCAACGAGAACAAAUACCACUACCAGCUGCACGCGCUCGACAUAUACUUUUGGACCGACAAAGAUGCGCUGCAGUUUGUCAAUGGCGUGCGGCGUGUCUUGCCCCCCGCGCAGGUCGAGGUCCUCGACGAGCCCGUCGCCGUCGCCGUCCAGCCGGGCGGCGCCGUGAGCGCUGUCGUCCAGAACCUGGAGAAUGUCGCCAUUUCCGAUCCGCAGUAUUCUGAGCUCCAGGACCCGGCCGCUUCGGCACAGCAGAAUGGCGCGGUGGUGCCGUCGAGCGCGAGCACGGCGCUGUCCAUGGAUAACCUGCCGCCGCCGCCGCCGAUGCCGCCGCACAUGCAGCAGCAGCAGCAGCAGCAGCAGCCGAAAGCGGCAACUAGCUAUGCUCCGAUGGCGUACAAUCCAGCUGCUCCGGUGGCCCCGGAGGCCGUCACGUAUCGCGAGAAGACGCCGCCGCCUGACGAGGAUCCUCUCAACCCGCUGGCUGUCGCGGUUGCAUACGAUUACCAGGGACAGCCCUUUACGCCCGCAUACCCGCACGCCCAGUUCCCGCCGGGAGUUGCGAGCCCUGGGUUUGCGCCCAGCGGUAUGGCCAGCCCGCGCAUGGCGCCACCCUCGUUUGGCGGCGGCCCGCCCCAGCAGCUCGGCAUCCACCGCGCGCAGACGAUGCCGGUGCACGCCGGCCUGGCCUCGCCCGGGCUGAACAGCGUGUUUGGCGCCAACCUGCCUGGCCCACCCAGCUUUGCGGCUCCUCCGACGGUGGCUUCGCCGCCCCAAGCAGCGCAACCGCCGCCGCCGCCGCAGUCGUCACCGCCCGCGGCCACUACGGCCGCCUCGCCACCGCCGCCGCUCGGCGGCUACUCCAACUACAGCUACAGCAACCCGACACCGGCGCAAAACGGGGGGCUGGACUACUCCCUCCACCAGCAGGUGUACCGGCCGACCGAGGUGGAGAUGAGCGCGAAACUGCAGCCGUACCAGCCGAAGAAGGAGACGAAAAGCAAGCUGGAGCAGAAAGCAGGCAAGCUGGAGAACGGUGUGACUGGAAUGCUCAAGAGAUUUGAGAAGAAAUUCGGGUAA